AUGUUGCACUACUCCAACUGGCUCAUCGGUGUUAAAAACAGGGCAAACCUUCGGAAUGCGUGCAAGACGUCGGGUAACAGCGACUGGACCAACCGGAGCCAGGAGCCCGGUGACAAGACAGGAGAGCUAGCGGUCACCGCCCACCUCUGGAAAAAGGGCUACAAAAUAAUCAAGAAGAUUGGCGAAGGCUCGUUCUCCGUGGUGGUCAAAACUCAGAGUCUGAAGGAUGGCAAGAUCUACGCGUGCAAGACUAUGAAACAGACCUUUAACAGUGUGGAACAGGCCAACAACCUGCGGGAGGUUCAGGCCAUGAGGCGGCUCAGCCCUCAUGCUAAUAUUAUCCACCUACAUGAACUCAUUUUCGACAAGGAAACGGGCACGGUUUCUCUGAUCUGCGAGCUGAUGGAGAUGAACAUCUACGAGUACAUUCGAGAGAAACAGACUCCGCCCUCUGAUCACACGGUCAAACACUACAUGUACCAGCUGUGCAAGUCACUCGACCACAUGCACAGCUGUGGGAUCUUCCAUAGAGACGUGAAACCGGAAAACAUUCUCAUCAAACAAAACACUCUAAAGCUGGGCGACUUCGGCUCAUGUAGGAGCGUUUACUCCAAGCCGCCGCAUACCGAGUACAUCUCCACACGUUGGUACCGAGCUCCCGAGUGCCUCCUGACAGAUGGUUACUACAGCCUAAAGAUGGACAUUUGGAGUGCCGGUUGUGUCUUCUUUGAAAUCAUGAGUUUGAAUCCGCUCUUCCCCGGUGCCAACGAGCUGGACCAGAUUGCAAAGAUCCACGACGUGCUGGGCACACCUGAUCAAAGUGUCCUGCGUAAAUUUAAGCAGUCUCGAGCGAUGCAUUUCAACUUCCCCGCCAAGAAGGGCAGCGGAAUCUCUCGCCUGCUACCCAACUGCGCCGCUCCUGCCGUGUCGCUGCUCUACCAGAUGCUGGCUUACGACGCCGAUGAACGCAUCACGGCAGCCACGGCCUUGAGGCACACUUACUUUCGGGAGCUGCGGUUGGCUGAAAAAAAAAGUGAAAGUAAUGCUGGAGUUUGCGGGCUACUUGAAUGCGUGCAGAAAAACGCCUCUCAUGUGACCUCAGACCUCUUGUGGCGACCCACUCGACUUAGCAAGCAAAUGAGGGGGAGACACACCAGACCCACCCCUUUAAUUACUCACAACCCAAAACACGUAGCCGAGCCCCUCGGCCGACGCAACGGCACCCACUAUCAACUGCCCAAAAUCAAAUUGAGCGUCCCGGGACCGCAACGCUCCUUCCCGGGGCCCACGGCGUUCGCCUUCAACCACCGGGGCGCGUUGCCGGCUAUCGCCGCAAAGAAGUGUCAAUCACGUUUAGCAAAGACCGACCACGAAUCAGAACAGGCGGACCUUGAGACGGACUUCAUGCCGCCUCUGGACAGGAAACACGAAGGCGAUUACUGA